AUGACAACUCGCAACAACAAGGAAAACAAAGGAGAAAUCAAUUGGGCCGCCAUCAUGCAGUCUGAUUGGGAACACGACAUCAAGGUCAUCGAGCAGUUUCAGAAUGAAGGUGUUGUUGCUGACGUUCCUCUCUCUCAGAAGCACGCCAUUGCAGUGAAGAAAGAGCAAGAAGACAGUGGUGCUGAUGAAGGAGAAUUCGAGUUCGGCAAGGAUGAACCAGCUGAUGCAGUGGGCGGUAAGAACCUCAAACCAAGAACACCAACUGAUUAUGGAUUCAAAGUCGUGAGAUUGACUGACCUUGUUCCUGACGGCUUUCCCCAAUAUCCAAAUGGAUCUCCUUCCUUCCCUCAUGGCGAUGAUUCACCUAUCUACCCCAACCACCCUGAUGUCAAUGAAUAUGCUGCCGCCGAUCCAACCAUCCGACGAACAAAUUUGCCCCACAAACCCACAGUCCUCGAUUACAAGAAGAAAGAGUCUGAGCCUCUGGAGUCGAGGACCUGUCGAUAUUGCUUCCAGGCGCCGUGCUAUAUGCUGCAGGACAUGAUGGGUGGUUCGCUCUUGAUGACUGGAGACAUGAAGAAGGAUGAAGGAUAUGACAACAACAAGAUUCGGAAGGCUCUCUAUGGGGAAGCCUCUCGUAUGAUCAAUGGUCGGCUUGGCCCAGGAAAGCGAAUGAAACUUCCAGUCUGUGUGGAAGGUGAGAUCAAGGAUUGCUACCCCCGAAAGAAGACUGAUGCAGAGUACAUGGGCUUCAAGGCGAACUAG